UUUUAUUUUAUGAUUUAAAAGUUGGUCCUCAUCCGAACCAUUUGAAAUACACAAAAGACUGCGGUUCAAUAAUCGUAGCUAACGAAGGUUCUUCUGGGAAAGAUGAAGGUGGUACCUAUACGGAUCCUGAGGGGUCGGUCACUAUCAUUCAUGGUGAGAGGACAGGCAAUCCGUCUGUGAGGCUUGUUGAUUUCUCAACAUUCAAUGUCGGGGAAGCCAAUUACAAUCAAAAUUUGCGGGUGCCAUCUCUGUAUAUACCUAGUAAUCUGAUAUCACCAAGAACACGUGUUUCCCAGGAUAUAGAGCCAGAAUAUGUAACCAUUAGUGCAGAUGGUCGAACAGCAUAUGUCACACUUCAGGAGAACAGUGCUGUAGCAGAAGUAAAUAUUAACAACGGUGUUAUUGACAAGAUCAGUCCAUUACCUAAAAAGUCAUGGGAUUCUUCUGGCAUUGAUGUAAGCGAUCGAGAUGGAGGUGUUCACAGGAGAAUGUUUUCUGGACUACAAUCAUUGCGUCAGCCAGGUGUGAUAAAAUCAAUAGAAAUUGGCAGAAAAAAGUUUCUAUUUACUGCGGAUGAAGGUGCUGUGAAGACUAUGACAAAUGCUAUACAUGGAAAAGUCUGGACUGACAUGACUGCUGCAAAAUCUAUAGUAAAAUCUAUCAGUGCAUCAGAAACAGACCUAAUAGCGAACGUUAACAAUGACGAAAUGCUAGGUCGACUUCAAGUUAGUACAGUUGAUGGAAAGGAUCCAUUUAAUGGACAAUACAUGCAUCUAGAGGCAUUUGGUGGCCGAGGGUUCUCUAUAUGGGACUCAAGUAAUCUCGCUAGCCCAGUAUAUGACAGUGACGGUACGCUUGAGGAAUAUAUGGAAGCCUUUGACAAAAAAGUUUUUAACACCGACUACAUUUCUAAUUUGUAUUACCAGUCACCUGAGCAGCACAGAGAUGCCGUAUCCUAUAAACAGGGAGCGAAAGUAACAGGUCUGGAUAUCGCUGAAGACAAUGGAACGACAUUUCUGGUUGUUGGCACAUGGAGUACAGGAACGUUAUAUACGUACACCGUUGACUUAAGUACCGGACAACCUUUACCACAAUUUCAGAGUGUUGUAAGAGCCGGUAUAACAGACCUACCGUGGAGAGAUUUGUACCAAAACCAAACUGUUGGCGAUCUGUAUAUAACUGACAUUGGAAUCAUCCCGAGCGACCAAAGUCCUACAGAUAGUCCUCUUGUGUAUGUUAUUAGCACGGGGGCAGGUGCCCUGUCACUCUACUCUAUUGAAUUUAUGUCUUCCAGUAUUCCUGGUCCAGUCGGAAAAUAAGUUUCGACUCCUCUCACAUAUUUUGUCGCUUGUAUAAUCUGCUUUGAUUAAAACUAAAACAUACUAA